AUGGUAGACCAUGCCAUCCACGUCACUGCGCUAAGGCAUGCCGGGGAUUGUCCAGAUUGUUCGAUGAUUUCUGAUGAUUCGGUUCCUGUUGUUGAUGCAUCGAGUUCUUCUAAUGAACUGGUGAGUUUGAUUCGUAAGAUUGAAGGUGAUACUACACUUACGGAUCACGAGAAAGCUAAGAAACGACAACAACUGUUGUCUGGAUCAUUGAAAUCUUCAGAUCUUGAUGAUGAUGAGAUGAAGAAGAAAAGUGGUGGUAGGAAUGAUAUGAUGAAGAUUCUGGAUGAUAAACUUAACUGUUCCUUUUGCAUGCAGUUACCUGAUAGACCUGUUACUGUGCUGAAGUUUUUUGGUCUUAAAAGCAGGAAGGUUAACUAUACCAGAGUGAAGGAAAUCUUUUUUCAACUUCCUCCCCAGAAUCAGAUAGUUUUGUAUUGUGAUGGAGCCUCUAGAGGCAAUCCAGGGGUCUCAGGGUACGGUUUUAUUGGUAGAAGACACACAAGAGAGUUAUUGAUUGCUUUUUCAGAGGGUUUGGGAAUAUCUACCAAUUAUGUAGCAGAGGUGUUAGCAAUUCUGAAUGCAGGUGAAUGGGCAAUAAGUGAAGGCCAUUUGGAGGUUAUUUUCAGGACUGAUUCAACUGUUGUAAUGCUAUCUUUCAUGAAGAAUAAAGUCUCAUGGUUUGCUGAGAAUAGAUAG